UCUGCCGGAGAGCAGCGCUGCUCGGCGGACACACGCAGCCCGAGGAGCCGCUCCUCCGCAGCAGGAUGAACGGAUAUGAACCUCCAGCUCUCGGCUCCUACAGCUCACAGACCAAUGGCCAUGGCUCUCAGUCUCCGGAGCCUCCUAAAAAUAAAGCCAAGUCCAGUGCCAAAGCUCUCUACGAACAAAGGAAACACUUCACCAAAACCAGCAUCAACAGUCUGACGGACACGUCGCAGUACCACGUGGAGCACUUGACCACGUUCGUGUUGGACCGUAAAGACGGGAUGAUCACGGUGGACGACGGCGUCCGACGCCUCCGUCUGCUGGACGCUAAAGGAAAGGUCUGGACUCAGGAGAUGCUGCUGCAGGUGGAGGAGAAGACCAUCAGCCUCAUCGACCAGGAGACGAAGAACGAGUUGGAGAACUUCCCCAUGGGGACGAUCCAGCACUGCCAGGCGGUGAUGAACGCCUGCAGCUACGACUCCAUCCUGGCUCUGGUGUGCAAAGACUCGGGUCAGAGCAAACCCGACCUCCACCUGUUCCAGUGUGACGACAUCAAGGCGAAUCUGAUCCACGCAGACAUAGAAAGUGCCAUGAUCGACGCCAAAGGAGGCAAAGUGAAGAAGAGACCGGAGGCGUUAAAGAUGAUCCUGAAGAGCGACGGGGUCAUCCCCCCUCCCCCCGCUGCUCCCGCCCAAGCACCGGGGUCGUCCAAUCAGGUGGACGUGAAGAGCCGAGCGGCCGCCUGGUCGGCGUGGACUAAUGAGCAGCAAGACUAUGAGAGGCAGCAGCUGGUAUCGGAGGACGACGGGCCGGUGGAGAUGACGGCGGCCCGAGUGGACCGAGACGUGCAAAUCCUGAACCACAUCCUGGACGACAUCGAGCUGUUCGUCACCAAACUUCAGAAGGCUGCCGAGGCCUUCAGCGAGCUCUCCAAGAGGAAGAAGGUCAAGAAGGGCAAGAAGAAAGGUCCGGGAGAGGGCGUCCUCACUCUGCGCUCCAAACCUCCCGGAGAGGACGAGUUCGUCGACUGUCUGCAGAAGUUCAAACACGCCUUCAACCAGCUGGGGAAACUGUCGGAUCACAUCCAGAACCCGAGUGCUGCUGAUCUGCUCCACUUCCUCUUCUCUCCUCUCAGGAUGGUGAUCCAGGCGUCCGGCGGUGUGGAUCUGGCUCGUAGCGUCGUGGUUCCUCUUCUGACCAGAGAGGCCAUCGACUUCCUUCACGCCUCGGGGACGGCGGAGGAGAGACACCUGUGGGUCACCCUGGGAGACGGCUGGACCAGAUGCAGGUUGGAGUGGCCGAAGCAGCACUACUUCCCCCCCUGUGUGCUGACGUUUCAGGACGGCUGGGAGCCGCCGCUGAUCCAGGACUCUCAGUCCAGAGACCAGGACCUGAAUCAGCUGGCUGAGAGUCUCAACGCCGCUGAGAUCCAGAGACAAGAGGAUCUCAGGAUCCGCCUGGAGGAGCCCCCCCCCUCAGACGGGUACGCCUCCUGCAGCUCCUACAAACGGAUGCAGAUCCUGGAUCAGGACUCGACCGUGGCUGCUUUUAAUCAGGCCGUCAGCCGCCGCGUAGACCGGAGUUUUGAUGCUGACAGCAGAAUCCAACCAAAAGUUUUUGCCAAAUCAAAAUACGACUUUGUGGCGAGAAACAACACGGAGCUGUCCGUCCUCAAAGACGAAGUCGUCGAGGUUCUGGACGACAGGAAGCAGUGGUGGAAGGUGGGUAACGGCGGCGGGGAGUCCGGCUACGUGCCAAACAACAUCCUGGAGGUCACCAAGGCCGUGGACAUGACGGGCAGAGGAGAGCCCAUCUACAGCCACACCAUACAGAAGCAGACCACCAGGACCGACCAGGUCCCCGGUAAACCUGUCGUGCCCCCGAUGCCUCCGGCUCCGACGCCGCCCCCUCCGGCCCCCGCCAGGCUCCCCACGCCGCCGCUGCCUCCUCCGGCCUCCAAGCCGGCCGCCAGCAGCAGCAGCGUCGCCGCCAGCCGCCGAAACAGCACCACGUCCAGCGACAACGGCAGCAUCGCCAUGAGGGACCACAAGAACCAGAGACCUCCACCCGUCACCCGAAGGAAAUCCAACAUGGAGGAGGUUCAGGACGAGCUGAUGCACCGACUGACUUUAGGUCGCAGCGCUCAGAAGAAGUUUCAGGGUUCUACUCGCGGCGCCGGCGGUUUGCCGCCAAACAGCAUCAGCUACGACUCGUCACCGGAGGACGUCAGAGUCUGGUUAGAGGCCAAAGGCUUCAGUCCAGUCACCAUCACCAGCCUCGGCGUCCUGACUGGAGCUCAGCUCUUCUCUCUCAACAAAGAGGAGCUGAAGACGGUUUGUCCCGACGACGGAGCUCGAGUCUUCAGCCAGGUCACCGUCCAGAAGGCGGCGCUGGAGAGGAGUUCAGGCUCUGAGCUCCAGGAGAUCAUGAGGAGGCGGCAGGAGAAACUGGCCACCGUCACCUGUGAUUCAGGGGUGGAGUCUUUUGACGAAGGCAGCACCCACUGAGCUCCUCGUGGCUUCCUUCCCUCCUUCCCUCCUUCCCUUCCCUCCUUUACUUUCAUUUUCUACUCCCUUCAAACUGCAGCCUGCUGUUUUCUCGUCCUCUCCGUCCUCAGGCGGCGUCCGACCACGCUGAGUUUGUGGAGAUCAUGCGGCGUCGGCAGGAACUCCUCAGCUCGUCUCCGUAGGAAAACGUUAUCAAACCUCAGAGAGAACAUUCUGCCAUGUUUGCCUGAAGUUCACGUGGACGCUUUUUGGAAACGAUGAAGGAGUUUUUGUGACUUUGUUGAAAUUGUGACUAAUGUUCCAAAGCGAAGCCUCUCAGUAUUAAUGUUCGGAGGUCGUUUGUGCCUCUCGUGUAUCCAAGAAACAAAACCUUUAUUUCUAAAACCUUCAAAGAAUAUAAAUUCAGUCCAACGAACAAUUGAAUCCGAUUUUCAUCCCGUUUUAUCAAAACUACUGACGUAAAUCAAAAUUCAAGACAUUUGUUAUCAGCUGUGUUCAAACUUAAAAAAUCUAAUUUUCCUGAGAAAACAACUUUAAUUCAUCAUCUCUCAAUAACAAACAAUUAAGUAAACAUAAGUAGCUAACUGUCUCUGCCGUCACAAGAAAAAUAAUAAAUAAUGGAAUAAAUAUAAAUAAUAAAAUAAUUCAUAAUAUCUUGUGUAAUAUAUUAUGUAUAAGUUGUGCGUUAGAUACGAUAGAUAUCAUCUUGUUCCCACAAGAUAAUACUUUAUUAUUAUACAUCGUAUCUUGUGAAGAAAGAUUGUUUCUGUUUCAUAAAUCAGAUGUUUGAUUCUGUGACUUUGAUGUCAUGAAGAUAAACGAGAAGCACAAACUUCAGAUGGAGGUCGAUGGUUUGUGAAGAAAACUAAAAGAAUAAAGAGAAUGUUGAAAUAAAUUGUUCUAGAAAACAUAUUGAUAAAAAUCUAACUGUACAUUUCUAGACGAGAGUUAUGAUAUUCAUAGUAUAUAAUCGUUUUGUUUUAUGGUUAUAUCAAAAGUUUAAUAUAAUUUAAUAUAGAACUGAUCAGCUGAAAAAGUGAAAAUUAUUUUCUUGAAAUGCACAAUAACUUUAUGAUAACGUCUCUUUUAUGGACAUCAUGUGAUUUAGAGUUAGAAACAAACUAACUGAUUAGAUCUUAUUAGAUUUGGCGAUCAGCAUUUUUGCACAAUAAAUAAUAAAAAUGUAAUUAUUUCUGAGCUGAAGGUUCAGAACUCUGAUUCAGAAUCAAAGUUAAAAUCUGUUUCUGUCCAAACACUGAAAUGAAUGUUUGCUGCUGACUCAGCAAUGUUCCCACCUCAACAUGAUGAAUGUGAUUUAUUCAGGCUCCGCCCACAGAAACAGGUGAUUAAAAGAGAAAAAGUCCUGUCAGUCAUCUUACAUCAUCAUGUCUGACAUCAUCAUGUGUGACAUCAUGUGUGACAUCAUCAUGUCAGAACUAAAUAGGAACCGUGGGAACUAAUAACUUUGGGAACAUAGGACCUAGGGGAACAUAGGACCAAAGGAAUUUAGGACUAUGGGAACUUUGGACUUUGGGAACAUAAAGCUUGGUUAGCAAAAAGACUGUCACUCUACAUGAAUAACUAAAAAUAACAUCGGUGCUUUCAUCACUGACUGACGGGACUAAAUAUUAAACAUUUGUGUAGUUGGAGUUGUCUUUUCAGGCAGGUCUUUAAUUUCAUCUGUUAAAUACUCAACACUUCCUCAAUGUUUAUUUGUAUUCAUGAAACAUUCAAUAUCUAAUCAUCAGAACAACAACACAGUCAUAUCAUACUCAACACUGCUCAGUCACUAAUCAUUUCCAAGCUGAUGUCAAUGGAAGUCGACUAGAAACCCAUCGAUCAGAUUAUCUGCUGAUACAGAUGGUCAGAACUACCAAUACUCCCUCUUGAUCAUAAUUAAGAAAAGAAACAGCAGAGUGGUGAGUAUGACAUAACUUUAAUGUUGACUUUAAUACAUUUACCAUGUGGGUCAUUAUAGGUCAUUAAGUAAAUCUAGUACUCUUAGUUAAAAGCUUUUUAUUUUUACGGGACUGUUAUCUGUUCGUGCUGGACAUGAACUGCCUGCCUGUCAUUACGAUUAUAUAAUGUCAUUAUUCAAAUACCUUUUAUUUCAGAAUUUUACGGUAAAACUCUUCAUCUGUAGAUUUAAACAACAAACCUAAAGCUGUUGAGGAGUUCGUCAAAUGUUAGAAAAAAACAAACAUCAGUAAGCAAAAAAUGAUUUCUACUCAAACUAAUAGCACCAUGAGUGUUUUUUGUACCGAGCAGCCUGAAACAACAAACACAAUAAACACUAUAUACAUAUAUAUAUAUAUUACAUAUAUAAUAUAUAAUGUGUACCUAAAUCAGCCAGUACAUUCUUUACUCACUGUGGCAUUGAUUGAUUGAUUGUAUUGAUUUUGUUUUAUGCACUUAAGUUUCUCGUCCGUUCUCUUGGUCGAGUUUAAAGGAAAUAAACGGUGGAGAUCGUGAAUGAAAAGAUGUUUCUGUGUCUGAACUGUAGCUCAACACUGUAAAAUGAAUCUAAUGAUUAAAGCUGAGUAGAUGCUGAUGAGAGCAGAGUAACGUUUGUGUAUUUAGUGAACUGUCCACGUACCAAACAGUUCUAGAAGCCAACAACAAAGAAAUGUUAGAGAGAAUUCACUACAAACAUGUAUUUGUAUGUGUAGUUUUCAUGGUGCCUUUUUCUAUAUAAAUCUGCUCAUUCUGCAAUAAAACAUUUAUAAAAAUAA